AACAUACCUGCUUUUCUCGUUACUACCAAACAUAACUCAAUUUUCUCUCAUCAUCUUACCAAACUUCUAGUUCUAAGCUUGAAAGUUCAAAAUGCCUAAAGCCAAACCUGCAAAGAAAGCUACCGGUGGUGGUAAGAGAAAACUCUCUCCAUACAAUGCUUUCAUGAAGUCUGAACUACCUAAAGUUAAGGCAGAAAAUCCUAACCUUGAACAUAAAGCUGCUUUUAAGCUCGUCGCUGAACGGUGGAAGAAUAGUCCCGAUAACCCAAAGAACCAAGCAAGCUAAAUGUCACGUGAUCUAUAAAUAAUCUGUAUACGAAAAAUUUUUAUUCUUCGUUCGUCUUAACUUUCUGAAAUAUACAAUAUUAGCGAAUAAUAUUUACAAAUUAUUUGACCUAAUUGAUCUAAUCUAUUCAUUUCAUUUUUUUUUUCUUUUCUUUAUAUACUUUUUUUUUAUAUAAAAAAAUUAUCCCCCAUAAUUUUCGUAUAAAUUUUUGUUAACUACCUCACACCACCAAAAAGAUUAAUUUCUUUGAAAAUUUUUUCUCUUCUGAUAUGGUGUUUGUGUAAAUAAAAAAAAUAUUCUUUACAUUUUU